UUUAUCUUUUCACCAGUUUGUUGGUAAAUUCAUCCAAGUUCAUUUUUAAGAGUCACUUGAGAAUUAUAUUUUCAUCCGUGUAUAAUCAUUAUGGUCAUUUCAGUUCAGAAAAAUGUUGCUUUUUGCAUCUAAGCUUUGGGUGUGGGUAUGUCGUAUUUUUAUCUACACCCAUAUCUACACCCACACCAUAGUGCUGCCGAAGAAUAUUAUUUUUCACUACUUGAAAAUAAAAAAACAUAACUAAAGAUUUAGUAUGGCUUUCAACUAUCUAUAAUGAACUUUCUUUUCAUUCCGAAACUUGGUUGAUUUUCAUUUACUAAUGUCGAUCGUGUCAUUUCAAUGUAAUAUACAUAGUUUACGAAUAAAACUAUGGAUGAAUUUACCAACAAACUGGUGAAAAGAUAAAAGCUAGCGAAUGCUUUUGAAAAUAAAAAAACAUAACUAAAGAUUUAGUAUGGCUUUCAACUAUCUAUAAUGAACUUGGAUGAAUUUACCAACAAACUGGUGAAAAGAUAAAAGCUAUCGAAUGCUUUUCAAAAUCACUUAAUAUUAAACUCGAACAUGUACCUUCAACUUAUAGAAAUUUAGAAAGAGUUUAUAAUAAUCUUGGAAAAAUUCAUCGUGAACAAGGCGAUUAUAAAGCAGCUUUAAUAAAUUAUCGUAAAGCGCUCGAUAUGGAACUAAAUUAUGAUAGUCCAGAAGAAAUCACAGUUGCUAAGUACUACAAUAGCAUUGGUCAAGUAUAUUAUGUACAAGGUUGUCAUACAGACGCAUCGAUAGAGUUCGAGGAAUGUCUUACUAUACAUAGGAAAAUUUCACCUAAAGAUCAUUCCGAUCUAGCAACAACAUACACUAACAUUGGAUUAAUUCACUAUAGACAAUUUCAUUACGAUGCAGCGCUAGAUUGUUUUAAAAAAACACUUACGAUACAAUUAGCUUUGCAUCCUUCCGAAUGUCCUUGGAUAAGUACAAGUUAUGAAAAUAUAGCGUGGACAUUAUUUCGACAAGAGAAAUUAACAGAAGCAUUGGAUUACAUGAAAAAAGCAUAUGAAAUUACUGUAAACAAUUUUUCAGCUGAACAUGAACGUUCAAAACAAUGUCAACAAUGGAUUGUUCAAUUAGAAAGAAAAUCUAGCAUGGACUACUCAAGAGAGAAAAUGAAUUUGGGCCUGUGUGUUGGUGUUCUUAUUUUGCAUAAAUCCACACCCAAAGUACUUUCCUACUAUUGUUGUUCCGUAUCUUUUCUAACUUUGUACGUCGUUUGAAUUGAAAAAAAUUUUGUAGGCAUUUAUAAACUUAAGUUGAACUUCUCUUUUUAUGUUUAUGAUCAUAAACCAGUUUUUAAGAGGGGUGUUUGAUGGCACACGAAAUUUUACAGAAAUAUAUGCCUAAUAAUUCACUAUUAGAAUAGAACUGUGUGAUAAAUAAUAUUUUAAAAUACACUGCAAUCCAACAAUUUAUAAUUACUCUAAGAAUACAAAUUGGCUUAUGUAGAUCAAAAAUUUGUUGGCUUGUGUUCAAUAUUAAUUUGUUUUAAUAUAAUGAAAUAUUUAAAAACAGAAAUUAAGAACGUUACAUUGAGAGAAAUCAUUUUAGAUAAAAUUAUUUUUGAAACAAUUUUAUUUGAAGUGCUGUUGCAUUUUAAUGAAUUGUAAAUAGGGAAAGGAUGAAAAAAAAGAGACAUGAUUUUCUAGUAUCGUUGACACUUUUACUUUUCAUCAAAACUUACUCAUAAUCCUUAUCUUCUUCAGGACUGAAGGGUAGAAAACAAGAAGUUUUUACUGUUCGAACAUGUUUUGAUUUGUAUUUUACUAUUAUUUUACCACUUUAGAAUGUUUUUUCUAUUUUUAAAAACCGAUUCUUUGACAAACUUAUUUUUAUACCUGACAAUUCUGAAGGUUAUUUAUGAUUUAUACUUUUCUAUGAAAAAUGUACAUGUCCAAACUCCUUGCAAAUCAUGUCUCUUUUUUCGUGUUGCUUCGAUUUAAUUGCCAUGAGUGAGUGUAUCGGUAUUUUUCUUUUUAUAAAUCUACACCCACAUCCUAUACAUGGUUCAACUUUUUAUACUAAUAAUCAAGAUUUAUUUCUUAAAUUAUAACAAAAUAAAUUCAAAAGCCUAACAUAGAAAAACAAAAGGAUAAAUUUUCAUGACUACAAUAGAAUAAAUACCAAAUACGAAACUCUAUGUUGAAUUUUAAUAAACAAUUAUUUUGUUAAGGGUGUGGGUCAUUGACUUCAUAGGCAAAAUUAACAUUGCAGAAUGACUUCGAUAUUAGCGGCACGUAUCGGAUAACAUGAAUGUUGAUUGCAAAAGCAAUUGACGGAAUAUGAUCACUCAAGUGGAUGUUUUGUAUCGUAUGUUGUGUAAAGAAAUUGAAGAAAAUGAAAGCAAAAGUUAUUACAAAAUGACUUGUUUGUCAAGGUAAAUAUGACUCAUUCAAAAAGCUAAAAAAAUUAUCACGUGGUGCAUACACAAUAUAGAACGCCAUUGACAACCAUUCAAAAAAUUGUUUAGAUAUUAUAAAGGUUCUUACUGAUGUGGUUGUGGUGAGUAGUUUUAUCAGAAUAAUGUAAAACGUAGAAACAAAAAAUUUUAAAAAAUAAUUUCCUUGUUUUAUUUUUCAUACGCAAGAAGGAAUUAUGUGUGAAACAUAUUGUUCAAAGAAAAGCUAAUGAUAGAUAGCUAGGAUUUCGAAUGUUUUCAAAAAUUUUUGAUAAAACACAAUCUUCCAUUUGAGGGUGUGGACGUGGGUGUGGGUUUCAAGAAGAACACCCUCCCUUACACACACCAACACCCACACAUCCCACAUCCAUCCGACACCCACCCACACAUCUAACCACCCACACAUCCUCACCCACACCCUCCUUACUAUUUUAUCUAUAAUUCAAUUUGCUGACGUCAUACAGAGUUGACAAAGAUUGCUUCUGGCAUAGAGUAAAUAUUUCAGCGUGAAUUGAUGUAUAUGAUUAACAAAUAGUUAGACUGUGUUAAAUGUAAGUCUUGGCAAUAUGAAUAGGUUUAAUUUGGUUUGAUAUCACUGGUGUUCCUAGUUUUGCCACGCUAUGUAGCGUUUUGUUCCUUACUCUGAUAUUCACACAUAAGAUAACGAUCAAUCAGCUAUAUCAAGACUCAAAAAUGCAUUAAAACGCAAUCACAUGUGCUUACGCUUAUUUGUGUGUUAAGUAUUUUUGAGAAAAUUUUUAAAUACGUUAACGCUUCCAAUCUGUAAGUAAGCGUUACAAUGUAUCAUUCUAAUAUUUUACUCCUCAUUCCACGCAUAUAACGAAUCUUUGCGCCUUAAUUAUUGCAAUCGUUUAAAUAUAUUUUAAUUUUAAGAAAGACGAGAAAGCGUUAAAAUUUGCUGUACCAAAGUUUAGACCUCGGUUCUUUGAAUGAAGCAUGUCGUAAUCAGAGAGUAAAUAACUAUGCAAUCAUAGUCGAUGCCGCUAUUAAUCAUUGACUACUGGUAUCUUUGUCUUCAUUUUGUCUUGCGUUGAGAUGGAGAUAGUGAAAGCUACUUGACAUUAAAUUUAAUUGAAACGAGGAAUAUGACGAGAGUGUGACUGUGGGUGUGGCUGAUUUUCAUAUCUUCACGCAUACCCACUACAAAAGAACUGUACAUAUACUUUCCAGAAUAUUUGACGAAAACCUUUUUCUCUGAGCCUUAGCAGGUACCAUAUUGGUAAAAAACUUAACUAUGAAUUGGCAAAAGACAAAGUUAUAAGAAAUAUUUCUAGUGACUUCCUAACGCGUUUCAGAGAGGCUAUAGUCAAAAAAAAAGUCAUGAACAAAAAAAUCGACUUUCGUAGCAACAGUUCAUUUGAAACUUGAUUUUAAUUCUCAACAACUGAUGCCAAUCUUUUAUAAGAUUUUGAAGAUGACAUAUGGAAAUAAAAAUUUAAGUUUUUAUUUAAUCACUUUUUUCUGCAAUCGUCCUUAAAUUCACAAUUUCAACAUACUGGUAAAUGAAAAUUCGUGCUGUUUUAUUUUAUGUUUGAGGUGUAUAUGUCAAUACCAUGUCGUAUUUUUGUAAUUCCUCCAUCCAUUCUUCAAUUCGAGCGCUCUGAUACGGU